UAUUCUCUGUUGUUUCAGAUAUCCACGAAAUCAAAAUUCCUUUUUUUCAGCACUGCAGGCUAAAAUUUUUGGAUUAUUAAGUCCCGGAUUUUGUAAAAUUGAUUUUUGGAAAUUUUUAUGUAUUGGGGUCAAAAGGUCAAAAAUAAGAAAAUGUGUACAAUACCAAAAUUUAACACAAAUAGUGCAACACAUUUUCCCCUUGCCUCCUCACAAUUUUUUCUGAAAAUUAAAAGUUCCUUUAAAAAAUGAUCUUUUAACCUUUUAACUCUGACAUGAACAAAUGAGUGAUAAUUUGGUCAACUUUUCCUCAACACAUUAUUAUUCUGUUGUUGCGGAUUAUUCGACUAAUCUAAAGGAAGUGUUGGCAAAAAAGAUUCCUGAACAUAAUAAGAAAGUUGCUGAGUUCCGCAAAGGUUAUGGAGAUGCAAUAGUUCAGAGUGUUACUGUUGAUAUGAUAUAUGGAGGAAUGCGUUCUUUGAAGGCUAUGGUUUGUGAGACUUCUGUUCUUGAUCCUGAUGAGGGAAUUCGUUUCCGUGGUUAUUCUAUACCUGAAUGUCAAGAAAAGUUACCUAAAGCUGCUGGGGGAAGCGAGCCUUUGCCUGAAGGAAUUUGGUGGUUGUUGUGUACUGGAGAUAUUCCUGAUCAGAAACAAGUAAAUGCAAUCAGUAAGGAAUGGGCAGCACGUGCAGAUUUGCCUGAUCAUGUUGCUCAAUUGCUUGAAACUACGCCACCAAAUCUCCAUCCAAUGGCACAAUUUGUUGCGGCAAUUGCAGCAUUGCAGACUGAAUCUAAAUUUGCGCAAGCAUAUUCUAAGGGUGUAGCAAAGAGUACUUACUGGGAGUAUACUUAUGAGGAUUCAAUGAACUUACUUGCAAAAUUGCCUACUAUUGCAGCUACUAUUUAUAGAAAUCUUUAUCGUGAGGGAACAUCUGUGGGAGUUAUUGACGUCAAUAAGGAUUGGUCUGCUAAUUUCUGUUCGAUGCUUGGUUAUACCGAUCCUGUAUUUGUCGAGUUGAUGCGACUUUACUUGGUUAUUCAUUCUGAUCAUGAAGGAGGAAAUGUGUCUGCGCAUACAUGCCAUUUAGUUGGAUCGGCUCUUUCGGAUCCCUACCUCUCUUUCUCUGCGGCAAUGUCGGGUCUCGCUGGACCUCUUCAUGGAUUGGCAAAUCAGGAAGUUCUCGUUUUCCUCACAAAAUUAGUUGGCGAAGUUGGACACGACUAUACUGAAGAGGAGCUCAAACGAUGGGUCUGGGAUCAUCUCAAGAGUGGAAAGGUCGUUCCUGGUUAUGGACAUGCCGUACUUCGAAAGACCGAUCCUCGCUACACUUGUCAACGUGAAUUUGCUUUGAAACAUUUGCCAAAGGAUCCGCUAUUCAAACUUGUUUCUGACCUCUACAAGAUAACACCAAACAUUCUAUUGGAGCAAGGAAAGGCAAAGAAUCCGUGGCCAAACGUUGAUGCACAUUCUGGGGUUCUUCUGCAAUAUUUUGGAAUGAAAGAGAUGAGUUACUACACCGUCCUUUUUGGUGUUUCUCGAGCUUUGGGUUGCUUAUCACAAAUGAUUUGGGCGCGUGGAAUGGGAUUGCCACUUGAACGACCUAAAUCACACAGUACUGAAGGACUUAUGAAGUUAGCGAAGACAGCAAAAGGAGAGAAAUAA